GUUACAGUACGCCUCAAUGACUCAGAUUCUCGGUCAGCUUUGUUUCCAAAAUUCGAUACAACGUACAUGAAAAUAUAUUAUACCUCCCGCUCGGUGAGACUAUAAAGUCAGCGAUAUUUUCGAAGUCUUCAUCAGUCAAAAAAACUACUGGCAAAGAUAUUUUUCGUCAUCAAGGAUGUUAACUUCCGGAGACACAUGGAUGCUAUUUGCGAUGUUGACAGCAUCUUUGGUUUUAUCAUCUUCAAUGCUAGAUGAUACACCGGAUGACAGUUCAGAACCUGAAGAAUCAAAAACCUGUACAACUGACGAUUGUAAAAAAGUUGCGCAGUUCUAUACAGAAACAAUGGAUAAGACAAUUGAUCCAUGCCAAGAUUUCUACAAAUAUACCUGUGGUGGUUGGAACCCCGAUACUUCAAUUCCAACAGGCAUAAACCGGUUAACCCGAUUAAAAUAUAUGGAGAUGCUGACUGAACAAAGUUUUAAAAGUGUGCUAGAGAGUCCACCAGAUGCUACCGAUAUUCUCCCUAUGCGACAAGCAAAAAAAUUCUAUCAGUCCUGCGUGAACGCUGAACUUUCGAAUUCGAUCAGAACCAUCAUAUCACUUUUUGAUGCCAUUGGAGGCUGGCCAAUGAUCAUAAGUAUUGAUGACUGGAAGAUAAAUUCCCGAUCAUGGCAGGAGAUCGACGCAUAUUUCGCCAAUUUGUCUGCUGUCCACACGUUUUUCGACGUUACCUCUGUCACUCUGAGUCCUGAAGAUCCAGCAUCUCAGAUGGUCCACCUAGAAUGGCCAGAUAUGGAUUACGUACCACCGUACAUCGGAGACUACUCUGAGCUUCAAAAGAAAAUUGAGACACUACAUGACAUAUUUACUUCGUAUACUAAAGCUCAUGUUUCUCAUGAACAAUUGCAAAAGGACAUCAGGGAUUUCUAUGACUUCGUCAGGAACUUCUCGGAUAUAAUGAAGCGCAACCGGGACAUUCCCCCACGUGUGAUGGAUCUGACAACAUGGAUAGACAUUUGGGAAAAAUCAAUUCAAUCAAAACCUGAUCCAAAGACUGUGAUAAACUGGAGGGAAGUCAUUCAGAGAAAUUUUGAUGUUUAUAACAUUGAGAUAAAUGAUGCCGCCCAAGUGACAGUUGAUUACUCUUACCAUCUCGAUUUCCUUGAAUUAUUGAGGUCAACUGAUGAGCGCACGAUCGUGAAUUUCAUCUACUGGACAUUUUUGCAUGAUACCUUGGAGGAGUAUGUUGUCGAAAUGAUGAAAGAUCCUGAGAACGUCGGAGCAGAUCGGUCGAAGUUCUGUAUGACGGCAACAAUAAUCGAUGACAUGAAGACAUAUUGGUUCAUAAACGAAUACGUCGCGGACUACAAUCGCCAUUUCGAAAAUGUUGACAGACUCGUUACGAAUAUCCAGAAAGAGCUGCAACUUCAAAUUAACAGAUCUGAUUAUAUGAGCAGUUCCUUUAAGCUCGAUAUGCAAAACAGACUCGAUGACAUAAUAUUUCGGAUUGAACCACCAUCAGAUUGGGCUAACAAUCGCUCACUAUUUGAAGAUUUCUAUACCGAAGAAUUGGUGUUUGAUGAUGAUUACGUGAUUAAUAGGAUCAAUUACGAGAGAUUUUCGGAGCAGCAUCGGCUCGUGGAUAUCAAACACCGACUUUCGAUCGGGUGGAUAAUCAAUUCGACGGCAGUAAAUGCUUAUUAUGACCAUGAUGAAAACGGAAUAUAUAUUCUGAGCGGUAUUACCCAGCUGCCUUCUUUUAGUUUGGCCGUUCCUGAAUACAUUAAUUACGGAGGUUUAGGAAUGAUUGUAGCGCAUGAAAUAGGUCAUGCCCUUGACCCGGAAGGAAUAGGAGAAAUGACAUUGCAAUCAUUCCAUUUGUCAGACAUUCUCACACGUGAGAAGUACAGGAGACAACUUGAAUGUAUUUCUGACUUAUUCAGAAAGUUUUACGAUUCAGAGACGAUUUCUCUCAAGCGGAUUGAAAAUGUCGCCGAUGCUUUUGGGAUGUCAUUGGUAUUGUCUGUUUAUAAACGUCUGAAACAGAAUGGAGAAAUCAAUGUAGCAUUGACGAUCCCAGGAUUUGAGGAAUUUACGGAUGAGCAGAUGUUUUUCAUAAAUUUCGCUCAGUUACAUUGCGAAAUUACAACCCCAAAUUAUACAGUGAAUCAUAAACAUCCAUACAGUUUACCCAAACUGCGGGUAAAUAUUGGGGUUUCCAAUUCUCCAGGGUUCGCUACAGCUUUCAGUUGUGCAGUUGGUAGUCCCAUGAAUCCUGUUAAAAGGUGUUCAAUUUGGAAAGAUGAACCCUAAAGCACCGAUUUAGUUUCAGAAUUUCAACAUUUUUCCAACAUGUUAACAGUGCUUUUAGGUUCAACAUCGAAGGUAAUUAACAAAACCCUGUAAUUUUAUAUGUACAAUAAUAAACAUGAUUGUCUGAUAAGUCUACUCCAGCGCGAGGGCUCCCAGAAUUAGUCCUGGACCCUAAAAGUAUCUAACGACGAUUCCCACGAAAUGGGAAGACGAAAUCUUCCAAGAAAGACAAAAAAGAAUAUACGGGCACUUAGGUAAAUCGUGACGACCUUGAGCGCAGCAUAAACCGAACAUAAACAGUAUUUUCCCAACAUAGUAGACGGGAAAUUUGUAUAGCGUUCUACAUCUUUGUGGUGGCAAAGGAGUCGUUGGCUAGGAUUUGGAUUAAGUAGAAAGGGGAACAUGAUAAUUCUCCAUGUGAUAUUUACAAGAAAAAUUACUGAAAAAAUGGAUACUCCAGACCGGGAUUUGAACCCAGGACAUUCCGAUUAUACAUCGGGUGCUCGCCUUUUUUUACGGUUUAUUUAUUUGAUCGUUUGAGUUUUUACAUUUUACAAAAUUACCCUAAAGUAGUUUAGAUUUAUCAGAAUAGAUGGUUUAUAUGAGAAACAUCUCGCUAUUCAUAAUGUCCUGCCUUUAGUGGGUUUUGGGUAAUGUUUAUCGGGGUUAUGUAUGAAUGAAUGAAUGAAUGCAAGAUAUCUGUUUUUCACAUUGCGUUGUACGUGUGGAAAAGUUGGGACCUUACUCGGGUGCUCUCCGAACUGAGCUAUCCGGCUCCUAACCAUUUCUUCAUUUCACUUUUCUUGUAUACAUCGAGCACCGCCGUCCUUCGUACGGCAAUCAUUUUUUUCUCUACCUAGUAGAGGGAGAAUUUGUAUAGCGUUCCAUAUCUUUGUGACGUCAAAGGAAUCGUUGGAUAGAAUUUGAAUUCCAAUUUGAAUUUUGAAUUUCCGCUGGUGCGGCGUGCAACGAAAAAUAGGUUACAAAAAAACAGGACGGAAAAUGGCCGUACUCCACGAAAGAAAUAACUGGAACUAAAAUGUAUAAUUCAGAUAUUUCACCUUCUAGAAUAAUGUAAAUGAUGAUCA